AUGUGGGGGCAUCUAUACUCCCCACUAAAAGAUUAGUUAAAUCCCACAACCCCCACUAAGUGGAAUUAAAUUUAGAAUCUUUUUUUGCAUCUGCAAUUUUAUUAUUUUAAAAAACUUGAGAGAGCGCCUUAUCUCAUGUUGGAUGACAUUUAUCCGUUGUUUGGUUGGAACGAACCAGUUCCCACAGAGUUUAAAGAGAUAUUUUCAAAGUGUGUAAAGAAAGAAACAGAAAUGGGUCAUGAUUCCAAUUCAAGAAAGUGUAGUAGCACAUUAGAAGAAUCCUUAAGUAUUAUACAUAACAUUCUUAGUUGUUGAUGAAGAUUAUGAAAUAAUAGGAAAGAGUUAAAAUGAUAAUUCUAUAUGUCCAAUCUGUUAUUAGAAUGUGUAACUGGGCAACACACAAUUGUACUCAAAUCAUCUGUCACUUUAUUUCGAUGUCCAUACUUAAUGUGCUCUGAUGUGCAAAUAAAAACCAGCUUCAUUGGCUCUACUAAAUGAACACAUCCAAUCGGCCAAAUUUAUUAAGCGUGUUCCUGUAGAUUAUGAUCUACUAGACCUUAAUAUCAAAGCAUUCAUAGAGUUCCGAGUAUUUCACACAAUUGCUCAAAAACCUUAUUUACAUCUAACACAUUCCACUACACUUAAAUAAAANAUAAAAGGCAUUGUAUUAAAUUGUCUUAUUCAGUUGGUGGUUUUCCUUGACAUACACAAUAUUCACAUUUGGCUUCCUUUUCAGAUGGUCCUGUAUUUAUUCUUCUAUACUUUAAUUUAACAGAAUUGGGAAUGCAAAUUUCAUCUUCAAUAGUUUAAGAUGGUUAAGUAGUUUAUUAUGUAUUAAUAGGUUAUUAUUAGGAACAAGGAAUAUUAGUUUAUUGUGA